UUGUCUGGCUAUAACGCAUCGUGAUUGGUUGUUGCGUUUAUAUUCAAGUUGUCAAAUGUUGAACGACCGUUAAGAAAGCGGUUGUGAGCUAAACAUUGUGCGGAAAGCAAUAUCAAAGGCCGCGUACAAGAAAUUUCUACGAAACAAAGUCAUUUAAUUUAUUUUAGUACUACAUUAUUAGUGUUGCAGCGUUGUAGUGUUAUAAAAUUUACUUUUAACGCGAAUUGAUGCUUGAAAAAAGCCGUGUCUUGUGUCUCGUUGAACAAUAUGCAAUGUGAAUUGUAUUAUCAAUACCAUUUGAUUUGUCUAUAAGACAUUUCACAGUAUCGCGUCGUGUUUGCAAUUGUUACGUUUAAUAAAACUAUCAAGUUUGUGAUAAUAAUUGCGAAAAUAUCAUAAGAAUGUCGAGUCCAAGAAGUAUCGAUAAUUCUGUUCGCGAAGGAAUUGGAGUAGUGCUUCGAGAGACCACUGCAUUCCUUCAUAAUUUGUCACUUAUGCUACUUCCUCGUCUUGAGUUUCUUCUAUUGCAAAUUCUCUUUGCCGAAGAACGUCUUGAAAGAAUGAACUUUUAAUUUCCAGGAUCAUUUUGGAACGAAAAUUUUGCUCGUCGGGUGAAUUUUUCUUCUACACUUUGUACAUAUUCUCUCAUCUCAAUGAUAUCACAAAAAUAAUUUUAUAGUAUUUUAUAUUAUUAAUAUUACAUUUUAUAUUGUUUUUUUCAAAAUUCUCUCAUCAAAUGUUACAAAAUUACAGAUCAUACUCUCCCCGUUUCGUUCGACAGUUGCGUGUCUGGCGAUGAUUGUUUAAUUCUCAAUUUCGAAGCAAUUCGAAAUUGUUCAAUAGCCAUGAGACUUUCAAGAUUCCGAAACUUAUUAAGAUCCAAAGUUCGAGUUAUCAAUACUUGAAAACUACAUCCCAAGGAUCAAGUAGUAUGUAUUUAAAAUGACGAUGAUGAGAACGCGAGGUACACCGUCCGACUUACACAAUAACUUACAUUUUAUCCACUCAGCAAAUCGAACAACGAUUAUGGAGUAUUUACACGUCACUCCAGAUAGCGCCACGCCGUCCCACCAUUCGGUGCUAUGGAAUCAUGUCCCACCAUUUCCAUAGUUGGUGAUCAUUGUAGCAUAAUGCUCGUGCGGCGUGUGCGCGGUUCGACGUUACGACAGCGGCCUGCAAGCAGCAAGUGUUAGUUACGCGUAUCAUCGUGGCGAGACGGUAGCGAUGACUCUCACGUUGUUGAUCAUCCUUUACGACCUAGAAACAAUUCGUUCCAUGCUGGACGUGCUCUAGCCGCAAGCGUUCCCGACUGAACGGAAUUAUCUGACGGAUUCGCGUUCCCCAGAGUGACGGCGACAACUCUGUAUCAGAAAGUGUGGAGCAGCAUGAGGUGAAGAUUCGAUUCGCCCGCGAGUUCGCCAAUGUUGGAUCGAUCACCUACUCGACUCCGGGAAGUCUAUCCCCUGCAAGCAGUUUCCAGAGUCUUAGCAUUUCAAGCACAAAAAGUAUCUGUACGAAUUUCGUGUCUCAGAAUCCCAGCCAGAUUUUCAACGAUUCGUACGUGAAGUCGAACGUAUCUGGUUUAAAAGGCCGGUAAAGAGAGAUACAUUUAAACAGCGACGAUUAUUAUUCAUAUAAUAUUCUUCAGAACACACAAGAAUUGAGCCAGGAUUAAACUUUUGCAUCUACCACCGCCCAAACAGCCAGCAAAUAUCAUUAGACGCUACUAUUAUACUAGCAGCAAUUUGCUGCUAAAGAGUUCGCCAAUGAUAUUUCUAAAUCUUCAUUGGAAUUCUCAGAAGAAAACAGGCCUUUCAUCAGCGCGACAUUUGAAAUCUUCCAAGUUCCCACGAGCUUCAAUUUUUUACUGAAUUACGAUAAUUUGGAAAUUAUCAAUCGUCUGAGGAUUGUGUUCUUGUAUAUAAAAAUUGGUAGCGGAUACCAAUAUGUUACCUCAAGGAAAUACACAAUCCGCAAACGAAGAACAAAACGGGGAAAGUGAAAGCAUACCAGCGAAUAUUGAUACUCCUAAACGUAAUCCUGCCAUAGCAGCUAUAGAUAGGCUACUUUUUUAUAGUCCUGUUUCUACAAAUAUGACCCAGAAAACAGAUGAACUUCAAGAAAAAAUGGCAAACAAACCUACAGAAGAAUCGGAAUCACACACAGCAUUGAUUAUCGACGUUAAUAUGAGUAAGGAAUUAGAAUUAGUAAGAUCAACUGUAUUGCAUUUAGAAGAAAAAUUAGAAAAACAAAAGAAAGAAUACGAAGCUGAAUUAGAAAAGCAAAAGAAUGCUUUUCAAGAGAAAAUUAACAAAUUACAAGCACAAAUAGCGCAAGAGAUAAAAAGUAAAUCUCAAAUGACAGUCGUAGUCGAAGAAUAUGAAAAAUCGAUUAGUCGAUUACUUACAGAGAGAGAAAGAGAUCGUACAAAUUUCGAACAAGAAAAAGCAAAACUCCAAGAAGAACUGCAAGCUACAAAUGUUCAUUUAAGCAACACAGAAGCCGCUUUCAACGAUGUUCAUCAAAAGUAUGAAAGGCUCAAAGGAUUCGUAUCCGUAUAUAAAAGUAAUGAAACAGUAUUGAAAGAAAGUAUCCAAGAGAAUAUGGAAACAAUUAAGGGUUUGGAAACGCGAUAUGAUCAAUUGAAGAACCAUGCGAAAACUGAACUUGAGAAAGCUAACUUUGAAUUGGAUGCUAUACGAAAACAGCAUGAAGAUGAAACGGUAAAACUUCAUGCGUUAGUAAGGAAAGCGGAACUAAAGAGCAACUCUUUGGCCGAAUUGGUAGAACAGAAAACUAAAGAAAAUAAGGAAUUAACGCAAAUAUUGGACGAAGUGAUUGCUAGGGUGGGCCAUCAAAAUGUUGAUUAAAAAGCGGGGAAUUACACAAGUAUCGCGAAUGCAAUGCGAUUAGUCUUUAUUUUUUUACUCGGCUCCUAAACGUUUUAGACACAGUCAUAUGCUAGCAAUUGCUAGACAGAGUGUGGUCGAAAGUUAUAUAUAAGCAGACAAGAAAUGAUUCUUCAUAAAUAAAAAGAAAAAUAUUCAGUAAAAUUUUUUUAUUUAAAGUUUUGUUUUCGAGAAACUUAAAUUUGAAGAUUUCUUUAGUACAUAUGAAUUAGUUAAUUAUUGACUGAAUACGAUUUUGUUAUUCUGUAUGGAAUUUAGUUUAUGUGUAAAUUUUUCUCGUUUAAGAAAAUAGACUAUGAAUAUAUUUAGUUGAGAACUGACUUGACAUAUGCAUACGCGACUAUUUGCUAAAUAUUUAAAUUUAAUUUCUUUACAAAUAGAAUGUAUGAAAUAAUCGUAAGCAUGAAUUUUAUUUCAUAUUUCUGAUUCAUUUUUACAUAUAAAACUUGUGAAAUUAUUGAAUUUCAAUUCUAAAAUUAGCCAAAUUUAAAUAUAUUCAAUUUUAAUUUUAUUCCUUAUAUUUUCCAUAUUUUUUUUUAUAUAAGAAAUCAGCUCGUACAAGUUCAUAUAUAACUUUCGAUAGCACUCUGUAUGCAAUAUGCACAUGUGUUGUUUCUAAAAUUAUUAAUUACAAAUUGUUUUCUUUCAAAGAAGCAUCUUUUAUUAAUUAUUUAUAAGUUGUGAAAUAUAUAUAUAA